GUCUGGGCCCCUGUACACGGCAUGCUCAUGCAAUUUCAUCUAUGAUCUGGGACAGUUGUUGCAAUAUUCCCUUGCAUGCAGGUAUCGUGGCAUGUAAGGGCGGCUGCUGGAAGCGGAUAGAGCACUUUGCCCCUGUCCGGUGUAGCCCAAGAUACCUAGGGCUUUGAGCAGCUGUGGCAGCUUGGAGCAGAACGAUGCGGGCUGCAAGUCCUGCUGCGAACCUGAAGGUAGUUCUUUUGGGAGAAGGCCGCGUGGGGAAGACAUCACUUCUCCUCCGCUUUGCCAAGGACGAAUUUUCUGACACACAGCAAGCCACCAUCCAGGCAUCCUUCCUCUCAAAGAAGGUGUUGGUUGAUGCAGAAACUUCUGUUGCCCUGUCCAUCUGGGAUACGGCGGGACAGGAAAGGUUCCACUCGUUAGGCCCAAUCUAUUAUCGGGAUGCCGAUGCCGCUCUCCUCGUCUAUGAUGUCACCGACAAGGACAGUUUUGACCGGGUUAAGAGCUGGGUUAAGGAGCUCAAGAAAAUGGCGGGCCGGAACAUUGUGCUGGCGAUUGCUGGGAACAAGAUCGACCUGGACCGGCAAGAAGAACUGGACUUGACCGAACAGACAGAGUACGCUGAAUCAAUUGGAGCUUCUCACUUCACGACAUCGGCAAAGCUCAAUAAAGGCAUCGACGCGGUCUUCCAAGAUCUUGCAAAGCGUGCACUCGUCAGCAAACGACGAGCAGCCGCCGCUGCAGAAGCCGUCGAGUCCACUCUCGUACCUCGACGACAAGGGACUCUCAUCAUUGAUGAACGGCCGAAAGCCCCUCCAAAGCGAUCGUGCUGUAGUUGAUCCGUUAUAUAGUGUUGCGCGCUAGAUAGUCUUCAGUUGUUCACUUCAAAAGUUCGAAUCGCGGGCGUUUAUGAAGUUCGCUUGCAUCCAAUAGCCUCAGUCCGGUCUGUCUGAGGACAGGACUGUCAAAUCAAAAAUAACUGUAGUGUUACAAGCCAUACAGCAGCCAUUUCAAUGGUUUCGACAAUGAGCAAGCACCUCUUGGAAGAUGCAAGAGGGAAGCCGAGUACAGUAAGUCGCUCUCAGAGAGCAAACAGCUGCGGUCUGUGAAGUUGAUGCCAGGCCGGCAGUCCUCGAAUCUGAACACUUGUUCAUGGGGCCCGCGAUUGGGAUUGGACAGGUCCAGCGGGCCUGUCGAUCAGGCGGGCGCGCAGCCACGCGUGCAGUCAGUCCCUGUCAUGCCGCCGGCCCGGCGUCAUGCUUGAUCGCUUUCAGCGCA